AUGAUACAGGAUGCUAUCAAUAAUAAUGAUGCUAAUCAUCUUGACGCCCUUUUAACACAUAUAUAUGUUCCUUACACUCAAAUAAAACAUUGGUCAGGUGAACGUCAUUGGGUUAAAAUGCGACAUCAACAUACGAUGCUUACUCACGCAAUUGAACAUGGACAUUCCGAAUGUAUUCAAGUAGUGUUAGACAAUAUCUUUCGUGGCACUAUCUAUGCAACAAUUGUAGAUCACGUCUGUUCAACCGGCAGAACAGCGCUUUGGUAUGCAUGCAGAAAAGGAGACCUCAAUGUGGUGCAGCAGCUAAUUGAACAUGGUCAUGCACAUAUUGCAAAGUGUGGAGUUUUGAUAGUUGCUGCUCAAAAUGGGCACACAAACAUUGUCGAAUAUCUCUUAAAUAUAGGAUGUGAUCCAAAUCGAUCUGUCAAAAAUUACAAUGAGACAGCUCUACAUGCGGCUUCUCGUCGUAAUCAUCUUGCUAUAGUCAAUUUACUGCUCAAACAUGGCGCUGAUUCAACUACACUUGAUUACAAAAAUAGAACUGCUCUUGAAUAUGCUAUACAUAAAAGGCACAUCGAGAUUGCCAAAGCACUCAUCCACCAUCAAAAUGGACGUUUUAGCAAAAAUCAUUUUGGUUUCACACCACUAAUGGUAGCUGCCAACUUCAAUAAAAUACCUAUAGUAGAUAUACUUUUGGAUAUCUUACCUCGUCAACAAGCUCUAGAAGAAUUGGCAUUGCUCGCCUGUAAAUAUACAAUUGAUGGUUAUGCAAGCAGACGCAACCAAGCCUAUUGUUAUUUCGAAAAACUUCUGAGUAUGAUGAUACCAUUGUGCAAUAAUGUGAUCUGCAAAGCGUACGAGUGUUUCAAUGAAUGCCGGACACUUGAUGAACUCGCCGCCAUACGAAGCGAUGAUAACGCAAUGAGAAUGCAUGCACUGCUCGUUAGUGAACGAAUUUCACUUAAAAGUGGUGAUAUUAAUUUUCAUCUUCGACUAAUGCUCAAACAAAGCUAUUUCUACAGGCAUCACGGUCGAUUACAUCGUUGUCUCCAAUUACGAUUACAUGCUUAUCAAUUGGCAAGGCAAAUGAAACACAAUGAUUGGCAUGAUCCCAAAUGGCAUAGAAACUAUCAUAAUGAGCUCUUAAGAAUUUUAUUCAAAAUAUUGCAUCAAGAAGACACUAUACCUACCGAGUAUGUAAAACUUAUUUGGACAUGGAUACUCGAUCGAGCAGAUAAACAACUAGGUCAUAAUGUGUUCAAUCUCAUAAUCAUCGCUACUUAUGUAAGUGUCUUCUUAAUUGAAUGA